AUGCUGGCCGCGCACCGCGAUCAGGAAAACCUGGUGCAUAGCCACCAGGCCGGUCCUGGAAAGCAGCAGAUGCCCAAGACGCCUGGUGCUCGCUACCCCAAGACGCCGCUUAGACCGGGCCAUAAUGACGAGAAUGCUCCCACUGCCUUUGCUGGUAAAACCGGGCUGGGCGGAACCAAGGCUGGUAACACCAUGACCAAGGGAAAUGGCAACCAGGGUCUUUCGACGCCCAUGGGUAAGCGUGCUCUGCUGCCAGAUGGAGAAGGAUUCCAUUGUUCUAACUUGAGCCACCACAUAGGUCAACGAAGCAGAGCUCCUCUAGGAGCCAAGACGACCAACGCUAAGGCCCGUGCUGCUCCGGACACUGGUGUCAAGGGCAUAGUCAAGGAGAUUGAAAAGACGGCGCUGAAGCAGCCCACUGCCCAGAAGCCUAAGCCCAAGUCUGCACUGCAGAUUGAGGUCAAGAACGACCCAGAGCCAACUCCUCAGGAUGGCGAGGAACCCGAGUAUGCGCCACCCAGGCCGGCUGAGCUGCCUUACGAGUCGGACCUGCUGCCCAAGGGGGGGCUGUCCAUGGAGGGACUGAAGAGGGAGAACCUGUUCCUCGGCUACUAUGAGCACUUUAUCAACCCCAUCGACGAAAAUGGCGUGUCUCGCCGAGAUAGGCAGUUAAAGGACGAAAUGCGGUCCGUCAUGGACAGGGCCGUGAGGAAGAACCAGAAGGACCUAGAUGAGGUGGACUGGAACACAUCGGACUCGACACAGUCGACUACCCGGAUGAUCAAGCAGAAGCCAGACGCACCCGAGGUGGCUGAGGCCAAAAUGGCGAGGAAGGUCAGGGUGAACCCCGUUGAUAAGCAACAACCCUCAACCAUCCGUGCCAGGAAGGCUGCGUCGACCCUGGCUGUGCACACUGAUGGACCCAGGAAGACGGCGCCCCGGAAGACACCAACACCCACUGUCGCCCCUGCCAGGCGACCUCUGAGCAGCCUAAUGACCGGACGGAAGCCCGCUAAGAGCAACCUCCAGGAGAUGAAAACACGGGACAGCAACAACACCGCCGCCGAGGCCGCGUCAAGAACCACCCUCGGCUACAACAAGGGCAAGUCGGCGUCGGGCAUGGUCCACCCGCGCGCCCCCAGCCAGGCGUCGUCUGUGUCAGGUCGCAGCACUACCAAGACGCCGGUCCGCCGAGACGACGAGUCGGACCUUACCAUUACGCCGGCUCGCAUCCGCCCGGCCGAGCAGCACCGUCCUCGGUUUACGUCCAUCUUUGAGCCGGAGAGCGACGAUGAGGAUCUGGCCCCGUUGGCCGGUCCCGCCAUGCUUGGUGAUGACGAUGAUGAAGAGUUUGAGCUCAAGCUCGAUCUUUAA